GGUGGCUGCAGCUUAUACCGUAGCUUUAAGAUACACGAGGACAUCAGACAAAGAACUCUACUUUUCAACCACAGCCGUGUGUAUCACAGAAGUCAUAAAGUUAUUCCUAAGUGUGGGAAUUUUAGCCAAUGCCUUGGUAACCUAGCCAAAGAUUAUAGGCCUCCUCUAGUUCUCGUCAGAUCAGGAGCUGGAAGAAUGAGCCCUACUUUUGACCAGACAUAGGUCAGAAAGAAUUGGUUUCAGCGGUUGAUAGGAAGUUUAGGGGGGGAGGCACAGCGAACUCUCUACAAUCAACAUGGAGCCUCAGCAUUUCUUCAGAGAAACUGGUAAUCUGGGUAGAUUCAAGGCAUCUUUAAGAGAAAAUGUCUUGGGGAGCCCCAAGGAACUGAUGAAGUUGAGUGUGCCUUCCUUAGUGUAUGCUGUUCAGAACAACAUGGCUUUCCUAGCUCUUAGCAAUCUGGAUGCAGCAGUGUACCAGGUGACCUAUCAAUUGAAGAUUCCCUGCACUGCUUUAUGUACUGUUUUAAUGUUAAACCGAACACUCAGCAAAUUACAGUGGAUUUCAGUUUUUAUGUUGUGUGGUGGAGUCAUACUUGUACAGUGGAAACCAGCCCAAGCCACAAAAGUCAUGGUGGAACAGAAUCCACUGUUAGGAUUUGGCGCUAUAGCAAUUGCUGUAUUGUGCUCAGGAUUUGCAGGAGUAUAUUUUGAAAAAGUUUUAAAGAGUUCAGACACUUCCCUUUGGGUGAGAAACAUUCAAAUGUAUCUAUCAGGGAUUGUUGUGACAUUAGUUGGCGUCUACUUGUCAGAUGGAGCUGAAAUUAAAGAAAAAGGAUUUUUCUAUGGUUAUACAUAUUAUGUCUGGCUUGUCAUCUUUCUUGCUAGUGUUGGAGGCCUCUACACUUCUAUUGUGGUCAAGUACACAGACAACAUCAUGAAAGGCUUUUCUGCAGCAGCAGCCAUUGUCCUUUCUACCAUAGCUUCAGUGAUGCUGUUUGGAUUACAGAUAACACUCACCUUUGCUUUGGGUACUCUUCUUGUAUGUGUUUCCAUAUACCUCUAUGGAUUACCUAGACAAGACACUACAUCCAUCCAACAAGGAGAAACAUCUUCAAAAGAGAGAGCCAGUGGUGUGUGAUUUCAGCCUCAAGAAAGAUUCCUCUUAAGACUGUACGAUUUACAUUAAACUAGAGCCUUAAGCCAAUCCCAGAAGGUAGCUUAAACCAACCAACAAAUAAAAAGCUGUGGCAUAAGAAUUAAGAAGAAACCUAUGUGAGUGAAUUGCUGCAAAGAUAAAAUGUGACCUGUUUGGAGUCAACUUGGUUUUAGAAUGAAGGACUUUUAUUACUGUAUAUAUAAUGUACAUAGAAAGUAUGGAGAUGACAUGGUGUUUAAAAAAUCAUGCGAGGCUACAAUAUUCGCUUAAACAAGGUUAGGGGUUAUGUUAGGGUUUAAAGUGCCAAAGCCAUUUCUGUACUAACUAUUCUCUUGUUCAGGUACCAGGGGAGGAGAAUGACCACUCCUUACUCUCCAACGCAUGUACAGUAUUGGGUCCCAGCAGCAGUGAAGACUAGCUCUUUUCUUACAAAAGAGGCAAAAACAAGACAGGCUAGUUCAGAAACAAACUGAAUGUGUAUCUUCUCAAAGUGAAUCUAUUUCAUAACUCAGACAAUGAUUUCUAGGUGGUGACUGAGUACUCCUUUAAGUGCUGUAUUUGUGCCAUUCAUUGUCUGGAUUCAUAUUUCUUUGCUGUUAUAAGAUAUACUUUUCUUCAAAAACUAUUUCUAAUGUCACUUUUGUACUUUUUUUUAAUAAAGUAUGUUUAACUGUGGGGCUCUCAAUUUGUGAAAUUUCAGUGUUUUUUAAAAAAAUUUCUAUAAUGUUAUGGGAAAAUUCAGCAAUAAACUUAAUUUAUUUAUAUGAAA